AUGGAUUCUUUACCGGUAGAGAUCAAGCAUAUAAUAUGCCGCUUUGUAAAAGCGGAUUCGCACCAAGAUCUCUCCUCCGUGAGCCGGAUUAAUCACGCAUGGUACUACACUGCGGCCCCCUUCGUCUAUGACACUUUGAGCAUCGCCUUUCAUAACGAUGGGAGUCUUCCGACUCUGGUCUCCGAAGUGAGCAAUCAUACACAUGGCGAGCCCUUUCUAAAAUAUGCCCGCAGACUUGAUAUCGUCUGUCUGCCGGAUCCAUCUCGGAAGACAACCAAAGCUCUCCAGAUCCGCGAUGUUAAGAAUAGAGCCCUCCAGUCUAUCGACUUCAGGUCCCCCGCAUCUGUAGAUACCUUUUUAGAGCAUCGACUGAAGCGCUGCCAUGACCAAGUCCUCCCAUUCCUGGCCACGGAAUCCGUUUACUACAGAGAGAGAAACUGGAAACCGCUGGUUUCAUUAAUCGCCCGGUUGGAACGUUUGACCGAACUCAACUAUGUCAUCCAAAAUAUCUUCCCGUCCGAACUCUUUGCAGUUCUCAACCAGUACCACCCAAGGUGUCGAAUAAAUGUCUGGACUCACCAAUCUUUAAACUUGAACCUGCCAGACUAUGGAGACCCAUAUCCAGGACCUCCAUCCAAAUUCAACGACCCGUUCGAUCUAAAUGUCCUGCGCUCAUCACAACUCCAUGCAUUUUCGAUGUACCACUCAAGACCACCAACUCUACCAAACGGUUCAAAGAGAACCCAAUUGACGGAAACCCUCCUCUUCGCCCUCACGGCUGCAAAUCUCAAACAUCUUUCUUUCCAAGACCUAGGAUGCCUGACGACAGAAGAUAUGCUACUGGUCAAGAAGAAAUGGGAGGAUUUUUUCUCUCACGGGAGAUUUCACGCCAAGGGCAUCUCUCGAUUCACUUUCCUUCGACGCCCAUCCGCCCAUGAGCCCCUGGGAAGAAGUGUUAUCAAGCAUCCAUACUCAAAAAUGUCGCGUCGGAAUUACACGGACUCAAACGACUUUACAUCAACAUGCACCCAUGGAAACUCCACCACGAAGACAUCCAUGCCGACGACGAGCAAAUGGUCGCCGCAGUACAAGCCUUCCGCCCCCUCCGAUAUCUACUCUCUAGAGGGACUACGAAGCUUCACCUCGCUCCGCGAAAUCCUAUCUCAGCACGGAAAUUCCUUAAAAGGCCUCCUCGUCCAAUCAAGCACCCACAUGCGCCGAAUCUCCAACGUCGUCGACACAGGUUUCAAAUACCCCAUCUGGACCGCCGGCCAAAUAAGGGAGAUAUCGCAAAGCUGUCCUAAUCUAGAGGAGCUCUGCCUCCCAAUCAAACGCAGCGAAGGUAGUCCCCAGGAAUGCGGGCUAUAUAAAGAGCUCGGUAGCUUUUCAAAACUGCAUACCCUGGUUUUGGACUUGCACUACGAUCCGCGCGAGCGACCAAUAACUCCCUGGCCAAUCGAGCCUGCAACAGAACCAGAUAUCCUAAGACGAACAUUUUCAAACGCAGCCGUCGACGAAGUCCUCGUCUCAAAGAUCUGGCACCUCAUCUCAUCAAAUCAGUUCAGUCGGCGGUUGAAGAAUCUUCGAAUCACACCGGUUGGAAUGGAAUUCUUCGAUAAAUUAGAACAACAAAUCCUAGGCCAACUGGGUCGAUCAUUCCUCGUGCAACCGCCACGCGUCGGCGAGGUUAGGCUGGAAAUUCAGGAAAUCGGCCGCAUUGCCUGGGAACUUUGGUGGGAGAGUCAAGUUCGAGAUGAUGAGGAGUCGACUUCCGUCCCGAAACCUGUGGAAUUGUCUUUCUUUGCAGGAUUGGGAUAUGAAAGGUUCAAGUUCAAGUUCAAGUUCUUCGUUGGGGAGUCGGAGGAAUUUGUAUCGGGCUAG